AUGCCGAGAACAGCUGAUCAUCUCACUUUAAAUUGGGUUCCAGGUCAACCGAGAAAUCCUGAAGCAUAUGUUCUCAAAGAUCCGGAAACUCGAUAUCGCCAGCGAUACCUUGAUAUGAGGUUGACUGUGGAGGUUCGCCAGGUACUCAGCGCCAGAGUUAAGAUCGUCGACUACAUCCGAAGUUUCCUGAAAAAUAAAAAAUUCGAAGAGUUUGAGACACCUAUGAUGAACACGAAUGCUGGUGGAGCAAUUGCGCGACCAUUUGUGACACAUCACAACGAUCUUAAUAUGCCGCUACACAUGUGUAUUGCUCCUGAACUCUUACUUAAGCAACUUGUUAUCGGUGGAGAUGAACGUGUUUUUGAGAUAGGAAGACAAUUCAGAAACGAGGGUAUUGACACGACCCACAAUCCAGAGUUCACCACUUGCGAGUUCUAUAUGGCUUUAGCAGACUACUAUGACUUGAUGGAAAUGACUGAGGAUAUAUUGAGUGGUUUGGUCAAGGAAUUAACAGGUGGUUACAAAAUCAAGUAUCAUGCUAAUGGGUAUGAUAAGGAGCCAAUCGAAAUCGACUCUACUCCUCCAUUCAGAAGGAUUGAGAUGAUUGGAGAGUUAGAGAAGGUGGCUAACCUCAACAUACCAAAAGACUUGGCUAGCGAAGAAGCUAACAAGUAUCUGGUUGAUGCAUGUGCGAGGGUUGGUGUCAUAAGCCCUCCUCCUUUUACAACAGCUCGUCUUUUAGAUAAACUUGUUGGAGAAUUUCUGGAAGAGACUUGUGUGAACCCAACUUUCAUCAUCAAUCAUCCAGUGAUCAUGAGUCCAUUGGCGAAAGAGCAUAGAUCGAAUAGUGCUUUGACUGAAAGAUUCGAGCUCUUCAUCAACAAACAUGAAUUAUGCAAUGCCUACACCGAGUUGAACAAUCCGGUGGUUCAGAGACAACGUUUUGCGGAUCAGCUCAAAGAUCGACAAUCUGAGGACGAUGAAGCAAUGGUUAUAGACGAGAUCUUUUGUACCGCUCUAAAAUAUGGAUUGCCUCCCACAGCUGGUUGGGGGUUUGGAAUAGACAAACUUUCUAUGCUCUUGACCGACUCACUCAACAUCAAGGAGGUUAUUGCAUUCCCGCUGAUGAAGCCACAAGAAAAGCCAGCCUCCGCUUAA